AGCCCCCCUGCCCAGCAGCAUGGAGCCGGCCGCCGCGCGGGCCCUCGCGCAGAUGAGAAUGGGAUGGGAGCUGACAAUGAGGAGGCCGGGCUAGCUCAGAACACUCCUACGACAGUGGAAUCGCUCAUGGCAUUAACAGAAAGGUUCAGAGAGCGUGAUUCCCAGGGUCCUGGCAAAGAAGAUUCCUCUGGGAGUCCGAGCGGGACACGGUGGCAGCAGGGAGACACAGUAGGGAAGAGACAGAGUAAAUCUGACUGGGGCCACCCAAAGAGCCAACCAAAAGAGAAGCUCCAUCAGUGUCCUCAAUGUGGGAAAAGUUUUGGGCACAGCUCACACCUUAUUACACACUGGAGAGUUCAUACAGGAGAGACACCCCAUCAAUGUGCCGAGUGUGGGAAGAGGUUCAAGCACAGGUCCUCGCUCAAUACGCACCAGAGAGUGCACACGGGAGAGAAGCCCCACCAGUGUCUUGAGUGUGGGAAGAGCUUCCGGCACAGCUCCCACCUGAUCACGCACCGGAGAGUCCACACAGGAGAGAAGCCCCAUCAAUGUGCUGAGUGCGGGCGGAGAUUCCGGCACAGCUCUUCCCUGAACACGCACCGGAGAGUGCACAUGGGAGAGAAACCCCAUCAAUGCGCUGAGUGUGGGAGGAGAUUCCGGCAGAGCUCGCACCUGAUCACCCACCAGCGGGUCCACACUGGAGAGAGACCCUACCAGUGCGCCGAAUGCGGGAAAAGCUUUGCUGGCCACUCCGCGUUCGCCACCCACCAGUGGAUCCACACCGGAGAGAAGUCCCACUCGUGCGCCGAGUGCGGGAAGCGGUUCCGGCACAGCUCCUCCCUCCAUGCCCAUCACCGAGUGCACACUGGAGAGAAACCCCAUCAAUGCGCUGAGUGCGGGAGGCGAUUCCGGCAGAACUCGCACCUGAUAGCGCACCGCAGGGUCCACAAGGGGGAAAGUCCCUUCCGCUGCCCGGGGUGUGGGAAAGGAUUUAGCCACGGCACAGACCUCAUUCGACACUGCAAGAAGAUGCCAGUGACGUUUGCAGAUGUGGCUGUGCACUUCACAGAGGCAGAGUGGGCCCUUCUGGGCGACAGCCAGCGGCAGCUCUACCGGGACACGAUGCUGGAGAACUAUGGGAACGUGGCCUCUCUCGGGAUUCCUAUUCACAAGCCCGACAUCAUCUCCUGCCUGGAGCGAGGAGAGGAGCCCUUUGUCCCAGCUGCCCAGGACCUCGAGGAACCAGAGAUCCUGAGAGGCAUCUACACAGGGAACGGCUCGUGCCCAGACGGCCUCUUUAUCCCAAAUGAUGAUGGGAUUGUGUCUCCAACUCGAGAGUCCUCAUCUGGGAAUCCCGACUGGAGAGCGAGCAAAGCAGUGGGCACCCUCUGGAGCUGCACGGAGAGAAACCCCCUCCGUGCACUGACUGUGCAGGGCGUCACAGCUGGUGUUGCAUCAGAGACUCCCCGCCGGAUAGAAACCAGCAGGGACAUGUGUCCAGGGGCCACCAGACAUGUUCUGCAUCACACACCAUUCGAGGCAUGUGAGGUCAGCCGUGAGUUGUGGGCUCGGGGAAAGGGAGCACAUUCAUGGGGUGAUUAAUUGCUUGGGAAUCCUAUAACGGGGACAUUGGAGUGGAAACCAGAGGAGAAAGAUUCCUGGCUGACCUUGGGCAAGUCACUGCCCUGCUUUCUGCCUCAGUUUCCCUAUCAGUAAAAUGGGGAUAAUCUUACUGACCUUUGUCAAACACUUUGCGGUCUAGUGAUGAAAAGCACUAGACAAGAGCUAGGUCUUAUUAUUAUUUUAUUUGAUUUUAUUAUUAAGGAAAAGCAUCUUGGGCUUAUUGAUCAUUGCUUAGGUGCCAGUGAUCAUUACUUGAUUACAUUUGUCAGGUGCAAACAGAAUUAUGUCCAAACCAAUAUAAUUAUAUCUACACUUGUACUUUAAAUUGGCCUGUUUCACAAAGCUGAAAACAGUGACGAGUCAAUGAGCUGGGAGAAAGCAUUUAAUCAGAAAAUUGUGAAUGCUAUUUUGGAGUUGUAUAAGAACAUUCUACUAGAUGCCCCAAAAGCCCAAAUUCCCCAAGCAAGAAAGAAGGCUAUACUGGUGGGGGGAAAGAACAACAACCUGGCUUAGAGGAAAAGCGAAAGAAGAUAUAAAAAAAUACAAUACGUAACAUAUGAGGGGAAAUAUAAAUGAGAUGCUAGGAACUGUAGAAAAUUGCUAAGGGAAGCAAAAGGACACAAGGAGAUUAUCUAUGGCCAGCCGAGUUAAGGACAAUAAAAACAUACUUUAAGAAUAUUCAGAACAAAAGGAAACAUAAAAAUAGUAUUUGACCAUUACUAGGUGGAAAUAGUAGAGCUGACAAUAAUAACAUAGAAAAGGAAAACGUGUUCAAUAAAUAUUUCUGUUUUCCAUUUGGGAAAAUGCUAGAUAAUGUAUUCAUGUUACAUGAUGGUGAGAAAUACUUUCUAUUCCAACAGCAACUAAGGAGCAGCAUGUUAACAGCAGCUACUUUUAAAGCAGCAGAUUCAGAUAACUUGCAUCUAGGAGUUUUAAAAGAGCUGGCCGAGGAGCUUGCUAGCCCAUUAAUGCUGAUUUUCGAAAAGUCUUAAUACACUGGGGAAGUCCCAAAGGACUGGAAGGAUGCUAAUGUUGUGCCAAUAUUUUAAAAUGGUAGAGAGUUCACCCUGGGUAAUUGUAGGUCUGUGAGACUGGCAUUGAUCCCAGGCAAAAUAAUAGAAUGGUAGAUGUCCAACUCAAUCAAUAAAGAAUGAAAGGAGGGUAAUAGAAUUAAUGGCAAAGCAUGGGUUUAUAGAAAAUAGAUCGGCUCAAACUAACUUGAGAUCUUUUUUUUUUUGAUGUGAUUACGUUUGGUUGAUAAAGGUAAUAGCAUUGAUGUGGUAUACUUAGAAUUUUGUGAGGCAUUUGACUUGUGAAUGCAGCAUUUUGAUGAAGAAACUAGAACACUACGAAAUGAACAUGGUGGCACCCAUUAAAUGGAUUAAAAACUG